GUAACCAACUUCUUUUCUUAAUUCUUUCCCCUCAUCAUUCGUUUAUUUUGCUUAUUAAGCAAGAUAUAUACUGCGAAUUUCUAUCACUUUCGGCUACUGUAUUUGGUAGAAUAUAUCCAAAAAGGAAUUUUGUGUCUUUGCUUUUCUCGCGCGCGGUUACACAUUACUGCUGAAUAAUCCAUAUUCGUUUCCCUCAUCAUGGAUAUGCCAGCCGCACAAGGGCUGCAAGAUGAGCGCCUCAACCGUGACGAUGCUUAUCUACAACAACAGCAACAAGGACGUCCUGUCCAACAUCAACGCUUACCGUCCGACGCUACUGCCGUUCACUCACACGAUUUCGAGUCGGAAAAAGUGCUUGAAGACGAUCUCGAACGUCAAAACACGCGUCGAACCGAAGGUGGAUACGGUGAAAGAGACGGCAAUGCCGUCAAUAUUGAAGAUGCCAUGUCCAACUACGAAGAACUCCGUCGUGAAUUAACUCAACAGUCCCGUCGCAAAUCAGUCAACGACGCCGAGAAGGGUUCCGGUGAUUUCGAUUUGACCGACUUUUUAUCAGAUCAAAAUCAGAAAGGUGCCGAAGCCGGGUUCCACCCAAAGCAUAUGGGCGUUGUCUGGAAGGAUCUGGUAGUACAAGGUCAGGGUGCAGACGCCAAAGUGAUCUCCACCAAUUAUACCUGGCUUGCUUCAGCUGUCCAAUUUUGGAAAUGGGGUCGUCGUCAGGGCCAUGAUUUCACCAUUCUCAAGAACAACAACGGUUUCUGCAAGGACGGCGAAAUGCUUCUGGUUCUCGGUCGUCCCGGUGCUGGUUGUACUACCCUUUUACGUGUCCUGUCCAAUAUGCGCAAGUCUUAUACCAGUAUCGAAGGUGAAGUCCGUUACGGUGGUAUUGAAGCUCGUGAAUUUGCCAAACAUUUCCGUGGUGAAGUGUGUUACAACGAAGAAGAAGAUCUUCAUUACCCGACUUUGACUACCAAGCAGACUUUGCGUUUCGCUUUGAAGAACAAGACCCCCGGAAAACGUUUGCCUGGUGAAUCUCAGAGCGAAUUUAUCAACAAGCUUCUGUAUAUGCUGGGUAACAUGCUUGGUUUGACCAAGCAAAUGAAUACUAUGGUCGGUAACGCCUUUGUUCGUGGUCUUUCCGGUGGUGAACGUAAGCGUCUUUCGAUUGCUGAACAGAUGACGACUCGCUCUUCCAUCAACUGUUGGGAUUGUGCUACCCGUGGUCUCGAUGCUUCUUCUGCUUUGGAUUAUGUCCGUUCGCUCCGUAUUAUGACCGAUAUUUUGCACAAGACUACCAUUUCCACCUUGUAUCAAGCCUCUGACAGCAUUUUCCAUUUGUUCGACAAGGUCAUGGUUCUCGAUGAAGGUCGUUGCAUCUACUUUGGUCCUACUAGUACUGCCAAGAAGUACUUUGAGGAUAUGGGCUUCCAUUGCCCCGAUCGUAAAUCCACACCUGAUUUCUUGACCGGUUUGUGUAAUGCCAACGAACGUGAAUUCAAGCCCGGUUACGAAGGCAAGGUUCCCCUGAACUCCGUCCAGUUUGAAGCCGCCUACAAGAAUUCCGAAUUGCAUGAUCAAAUGAUGGCCGAGCGUGAUGCCUAUGAAGCCAAGAUUUCCCAGGAUCGCCCCGAUGAACGAUUUAGACAAGCCGUAUUGGAUGCUCAUCAGAAACGUGCUCCCAAGCAUUCUCCUUUCACCGUGUCGUACUAUCAGCAAGUUAAGUCCUUGACGGUCCGUCAAUUCCAAUUGAUUCUCGGUGACCGCGGUGCUCUCAUUUCUCGUUAUGGUGGUGUCGUUGUCAAGGGUCUUAUUAUGGCUUCCGUUUUCUUCAUGAUGCCUGUCGAUGGUACUGGUGCCUUCUCUCGUGGUGGUGCUUUCUUGUUCUCUCUGUUAUUCAAUGCUCUGAUCGCUCAAUCGGAACUCGCUGCUUUCAUGCAAGGUCGUCGUGUAUUGGAAAAGCACAAACAUUUUGCUUUGUAUCAUCCUUCUGCUUUCUAUAUUGCUACCGUCAUUGCCGAUAUCCCAUUGGCCAUUGUUCAAGUCCUGGUCUUUGAAAUCUGUGUCUACUUCAUGAUGGGUCUCGUCUUGGAUGCAGGAAAGUUCUUUACCUUCUUUAUUAUCCUUGUUGUGACCAAUUUGUGUAUGAACGGUUUCUUCCGUUUCUGGGGUGCGGUGUCUCCCAAUUUCUUCACUGCUUCACAAUUGUCCAGCAUUCUCUUGAUUGCGGCCUUGGUGUACUGUGGUUAUCAGAUCCCUUACACGCAGAUGCAUCCUUGGUUGAUGUGGAUUUACUGGAUUAACCCUCUUGCCUAUGGUUACAAAGCUUUGAUCUCUAACGAAUUGACCGGUAUGGAGUUCUCUUGUGAAGGUCCAAACUCAGUUCCUUUCGGUCCUGGUUACGAUGAUCAGCAGUACAAGACCUGUAUUCUUCCUGGUGGCAAACCUGGCGACAGCUACGUCCUUGGUGACGAUUAUUUGCGUUUUGCUUACGGUUACGAGACUUGGCAGCGAUGGAUCAACUUUGUCGCCGUGAUCCUUUUCUUCAUUUUCUUCACUGCGAUUACGGCUUUGGGUAUGGAAUACGUCGAACUCCAGAAAGAAGGCAGUGUGACCAAGGUUUACAAGAAGGGCAAAGCUCCCAAGGAAGAAAGCGAAGAAGAAAUGAUGAAAGCCAAAGUGGUUGAAGCCGAUGAAGAAAUGGAAGCUGUCACCGAUGGUACCACGUUUUCUUGGCACCAUAUUGAUUACACGGUCCCUGUCAAGGGAGGCAAACUGCAGUUGCUCAAUGAUAUCGGCGGUAUUGUCAAACCUGGUAAUCUUACUGCUUUGAUGGGUUCUUCCGGUGCUGGUAAAACUACGCUUUUGGAUGUCCUGGCUCAGCGAAAGACCAUUGGUAAGGUGGAAGGUCGUAUCUACAUGAAUGGUGAACCCUUGAAUGUCGAUUUCGAACGUAUUACCGGUUACUGUGAACAAAUGGAUGUUCACAAUCCCAAUGCUACUGUUCGUGAAGCUCUGAAGUUCUCGGCUUAUUUGCGUCAAAGUCCCGAAGUCCCCAAGGAAGAAAAGGAUGCCUAUGUCGAACAAAUCAUCAAGCUUAUGGAAAUGGAAAAGAUCGCCGAUGCUUUGGUAGGCGAUCUUGAAGCUGGUGUUGGUAUCUCGGUCGAAGAACGUAAACGUUUGACGAUUGCUACUGAAUUGGUCGGUAAACCCAAGCUCUUGUUUUUGGACGAACCUACCUCUGGUCUGGAUGCUCAAUCUUCGUACAACAUUGUCCGUUUCAUUCGUAAACUCGCUGACGCCGGUUGGCCCGUGCUCUGUACCAUCCAUCAACCUUCGGCUACCCUGUUUGAACACUUUGAUCACUUGUUGCUUUUGGUGCGUGGUGGUCGUACUGCUUACUUUGGUGAAAUCGGUCAAGAUGCUCGUACUAUGAUUGAUUACUUUGAAUCCAACGGUGGUCCCAAGUGCUCUCCUCAAGCCAACCCUGCUGAAUAUAUUCUGGAAUGUGUCGGUGCCGGUACUGCUGGUAAGGCGACGCGUGAUUGGGCCGAUGUCUGGGCUGGUUCCUCUCAAGCCAAGGCUUUGGAAGCCGAACUCGAAAGUAUUCACGGCUCGGUCGAUCCUCAUCGCAAGCGUCAUGCUACCACGUAUGCUUUGCCCUUCUUCCAACAAUUCUGGCUGGUCUACAAGCGUAUGAACGUGUCCUGGUGGCGUUGCCCUACGUACAACAUGGGUCGUCUUUUCAACGUCUGCUUUAUUGGUCUAAUUUCUGGUUUCUCUUUCUGGAAGUUGGGUCACUCGCCGGCCGAUAUGCAAAACCGCAUGUUCUCUGUCUUCACCACGCUGUUGAUGAGUAACGCACUGAUUAUUUUGGCCCAACCCCGAUUUAUGCAAGAGCGUAUGUGGUUCCGUCGUGAACAUGCUUCCAAAUACUAUGGCUGGGCUCCAUUCGCUUUGUCCUGUAUUCUUGUGGAAAUCCCUUACCUGAUCUUCUUGUCGACCAUCUUCUUGUUCUGUUUCUACUGGACUGCCGGUCUCCAGAAUGUGUCUGAUCGUAUUGGUUUCUUCUAUAUCCAUUUCAUCGUUUUCUUGUUGUAUUCCGUAUCUCUUGGUUUCAUGAUUGCCGCCUUUUCAUCGACUCCUCCUAUGGCCGCUGUCAUCAAUCCCUUCUUUACCUCUAUCCUUAUUCUUUUCGCCGGUAUCAUGCAACCUCCGUCAGCUAUGCCUUACUUUUGGCGAUCCUGGAUGUACUGGCUUGAUCCCUAUCAUUACUUGAUUGAAGGUCUCGUUGUGAAUGUCAUGGACAGUGUCCCUGUUGUCUGUGGAUCCAACGACUUUAUCCAGAUCAACGCUCCUCCGAAUCAAACCUGCGGACAGUACAUGGCCAAUUAUUUCAGCAGCGGCGGUCUGGGUUACCUCGAAGAUCCUAAUGCUACUGGUACUUGCAACUACUGCCAAUACUCGGCUGGUAACGACUAUUAUGAAACUCGUAUCGGGUGGCAUUUCGAUAACCGCUGGCGUGACUUUGGUAUCCUUUGCGCUUACUACGUGUUCAACGUGUUUGCGUUCAUGUUCUUCGUUUAUUUGUUCCGCAAGGCCAGACGUUAAGCGAUAUGAAUGACUACCGCCGAAAUGCGCCUUAGUCUUACAGCUUAGCUUCUUUUUUUCUUUCUCGAAACCCAAUAUUUUAAUCUAUACCGAUCUGUCAUUUUUCUUUUUUUUUUUUCGUUAUUUAAUAG